AUGGCCAUGGCGCUGAGGAAGUGCAUUGCAGGGAUUCCCACAAGGAUGAAUCCCUUGUGCCGAGCGGGCACAGCUGGCACAGCCCUUCGGAGCUUCUCGGAUGUCUCAACCGAUGUGAAGCCCACCAAGAAGGCAAGAUCUUCUCUUGGAUCCCGCCUCCGAAGCUUUUUGGCUGGCUUCACCGUUGCUGGGACACUCUCUGGCUACGCCAUCUACUACAAGGUCCAGUGGGCGAACGAAGAGCUUGCAGCUAUGGCAUUUGCCUCGGAUUGCGUCAUCUGA